CCUCUCUCCAGUAUUUCAGAAAUAAUAACGGCGAGGUGAAACGUCCGUCGGUCCUCAGCUGUCUGCGUCCCCGCUCGUGAAUAUCUCACCUGCACGUCUUGCAAUCUUCUCAGACAUCGUUCAUGACCGAUCCGAGACCUACGAUGAUGCAAUACCAGUGCAGCCAUCCACCCUGACUGAGACUCUGCACGAAGACCUGAUCACCUUUUCUGAAGUCUUGGAUGAGUAUUCUGGGGACGACGCGAACACCUUGGAGUUCGUGUUCCCAAUGAACUUCUGGGAGCGGGCGGUCGCGCUGGGCAGCCGUGCGCAGCAGUAUGCAGAGCACCUCGUGGCAACUGCCAUCGCUCAGCAUGACGCUGCACUCGGAGCGCGGCUGCUUCGUAUACGUUCGGCGAUGAACCAGCUCGUCGUUCACGCGAACGCGCUAGAACGCGAUUUAAACACGGCGGCUGCGGAGAAUUAUGAGAGCAUGGAAUUCAUUUCCGAGAGCCUCGAAGAUAUCCUGGCGCGACUGUUCGAAGAAUUGAAGAAAAUGUUCCCGCCUCCGGACCAAGCUCCGCACCACAAAAAACGACUGAAGCAUGUCGAUAUAGCAUUGAAGAAGGCGGAGGAGGCGAUCAUAGCGUUUGGCAUGCAGCAUGGCAUCUCAGAAGAGGCUAUGCGGGUGCACAUGGAAAACAUUCGCCCGCUCCUUGAACAGGUUGUCGUCGAGAUCGGCGAUCUGAUUGAGGAACAUCCCAUCCUGGCCGAGACACUACUCGGAAUUGGUGUCUUUAUGAUCAUACCCGCAUCGCUUAUUCUGCGCCCUCUUCUCGGCGUGCUCGGUUUUGGACCAUAUGGACCGAUCGAAGGUUCCGCUGCAGCAUGGGCACAGCGAGUGUUUAUCGGUGCGCAAAUCAAGGUAGGCACCUGGUUUGAACACCUCCAAAAGGCAGGACUGCUGGAGGCUAUCCCGAAAAGCAUCUGGGAGACUAUCAAGGAUCUGUUCCAGCGCUUCAUGCAAUGGGCGUUUCAUCGUUAACAGAUGAGUAGUCGUCUGAGAUCCGUCGUCAUUGCAUGACUUUAUAAUAUUAUGCAUAUCCGUGCGCCAUUUUUCGAGGUAUUCCUUCAUCAUUACUGGAGUAUGUUGUACUUAUAGAUUUAUCCUGGGCAUCAAUAUGAGCAGUUUUAUAGAUGACCGCGUGUCCCAUAUGGAUCAUAGAUGUUUCAAUGUAUAAUAUGUUGGUUCGAGAC